AUGACUGAAAAUAUAAAUAUUCGACGAGACGAUGAUAUUAAUGAGGAUAUUAACGAGGAUGACUCCCCUUAUUUCAUCCCCGUAACUGAAAGUGAUACGGAUCGCGAUUUAUUGUUCCAUUAUGUAUUCAAGUCUGUCCUUAAAGGAAACUAUAUCAGCCCUAUUGAUAAGUCCACCCUGAAGACUUGUUUGGAUAUUGCAUAUGGUGGUGGUUCUUGGAUGAUGGAGAUGGCAACUGACUUCCCCGAUUGCCAAUUUUAUGGGAUUGACAUUGAGCCUCGUACUCCUGAUACUGUCUUCCCCCAUAAUUGUAAUUUUGAGAAAGGUGACUUUCUCAAGAAGCUCCCUUAUCCGGACAACAUGUUUGACUUGGUUCACAUUAGAUUGACAUUAGUUUGGCUCCCUAUCGGCAACCUGCUCGAGGAGAUUGCUAGAGUAACCAAACCCGGCGGCUUUAUUGAAUUUUUGGAUCAAGAUGUUUCAUCUUGUCCAACUAAUGCCGGUCCACUAAUGACCUGCUUUGUCAAGGCUUGGAGAGACAUCCAAGUCUCGAAAAAUAUCGAUGUUGAUCUCUUGGUUAACUUGGAUCAAAUAUUGAUUAAAAAAGGUUUUGCAGAUGUUCAAAUCAAAAAGUUUCCCGUACCAAUGGGAAAAUGGGCCGGCAUGGUUGGUGAAUUUUUCUUGUCAGCAUUCAAACUGUUCACUAUCAGUACUGCCUCCCUCACCUCCGGCCAUUUAGGCCAUCUAAGCCUUCAAACUGAAGACGAGUAUUCUGAAUUACUCGGGGCUGAAUGUGAAGAAUAUCAGCCUGUCAUUAGCAUUCAUGCCGG